AUGGCUACUGUAAGCCGCUUGCUACCAACACGCCAUGAAUUUUAUGCAGAAUUACAAGAACGCGUUGAUCUUUGUGAAGUUCGGCGUCACAAGAGAUUUCUAGCUGUCUUGUUACUUCAACGUAUGGUUAGAGGUCAUUUAGUCAGAAAACAUAUAGGGUGGCUUUCAAAAAAUGCUAUUACUAUACAAUGUGCCUUUAGAGUACAUCGAGCACGAAAAGCAUAUAGGGCAGCAUUAAGGCGAGCAGUACGGCAAAAGCAUGCUAGACAUUAUGCUCGAGCGGCUAGAAUUAUUCAGGCGCUCUAUCGUGGACAUUAUUCAAGACGAACCAAGUUCUGUUACCGAGCAUAUCGUUGUUGGUUAGCAACAGUCACAGAACGAGGAGAGAGAAGAGCUGCUGAAGCAGUAGAAUUUGGAGUUCGAAGCAGAGCUGACGACUUAAGGAUCUUGGAAGAAGAAGCUCGACAGUGGUUAGCUUUUGUCGUUUUCAAAUUACACCAUCUGUUGAGAACUUACGUUUGUGCAGGCGUGUACUCCAACACAGAAACAUCGGACCUUUCCGAAUUUGAGAAACUAUUAAAAUCUAUACAUUACACGGAAUACAUGAAGAGGUUAAAACGCAAGUACUCUGAAUUUGUAAAGAAAUAUCGACCAAGAUUUUCAAAUAAAAUAUUAUUUCCCGUUAUUGGAGAUGGUGCUGAUUAUUGGUAUUUAUCACUGGCGGAAAUGUAUCAAUUGACAGCACCGUUACCCCAACGCGUGGACACGAGGUAUUUAGCAAUUCAUCAUGGACCGCAGCAUAAACGUCCGUUUUUGUGGAAAAGGGUACGACCACCGAGUCCUGACAAAGGUAGAGGCCCUUUCACUCCACCACGUUCACCGACUUCUUCAAGUAGUCCAGCACCACCAGCGCCCACUCCAACUGUUAGUGGCGACGCUUAUCUCAACAGAGAUCCAAGAUUUCACCUAUAUGUAAAACAUUAUAUUCCUCAACCCGCAUUAUUCGACUAUGUUGACUUUCACAUAAAUGUACUGCUAACUCGGAAAUGCUCUAUAGAACAUAUAAAUAAAGAAAAAUAAUUGCAUUUUAUAAGAUAAUCUUGUUAAUUUUUAAUAUUAAUAACACAACAGAGGUUUGUUUGAAAACACUUGGAUUUUGUACAUGGCUGCGUAUUAUUUCUCCUUUUAUUUUUUUUGCUC